GAAGAAGAGGGAAGGCGUAUUGUGGGUUGGGAACAUAUACACACACACAGGCACUCAGAAAAAGGCGAAGGUUCUCUGCCGAGCAGUGCUCCCCUCCCGCCCCAGUACAGGACUGGAUUUUUGUUUGUGUGUGGGGGCAACUAACAAAAAGUGGCUUGUUCAUUGAGUGGAGAACCAACGGCGGUCGGUCAUGAUGGAUUGUGCCGUCAAUGCACAAAGCUUGAUCACAAUCUCUCUCCGCAAAAUCCACAAUUCGAGAACUCAGAGAGGAGGCAUCAAGCUUCACAAGAACCUCCUGGUCUCCUAUGUGCUCCGAAACGCCCGGCAAGUCUACAUGAGCGAGAAGUACGCCGAGAUCUACGGCAUGCACCAGUACGAGGAGGUACACGACAUGUUAGACAUCUCGGGAGAGAUCCAAGGCAAUCACCCGCUCGAAGUGGUGGAAGAGAUGGUGGAGACAAACAGCGGCCAAGGGGAGAACGUCUGCAGCCCGCUCGACCACCAGCCCGGCCACCUGCACACUCAACUCAGUAAGGACGCGGAACCUGAGCACCCUCUAUACCGGCUCUCUUGCUCGGCUUCGUACCCAGGCACGAACUAUGAGCCGUCGGGAGGUGGUGGCGUUGGUGGGACCCACUGUACCAAGACCACAGUGCUGGAUCUGGACACUCACACGGUCACCACGGUGGACAACGGCUACCUCCAAGACUGCGCCUGUUGUUGCGCUAGCACUACCGGCGGCAGGAAGCGCAAGUCGGACUCGAGCAGUAGCUUUUACCCAAACGAAGCAGAAGACUUUUCUUCGCCGGUUAAGCGAGUCCGGUUCGAAGACUACUCUAGCGCCGGUCAAACCUUGGACUGCACGGACCCUUCCAACAUAUCCAACCUUAUCUCCAUCUUCGGCUCGGGCUUCUCCGGCUUGGUGAGCCGGGCGGACUCGGAGCAGUUGCUUCAGUCAGAAGUCAAACAGAACGGGCAAUUGUGCAGCAAACAGGCGCUCGCCAGUUUAGGGGCAUGGACUAGAGCGAUCGUGGCUUUUUGAGCGCUUUCCUGUGUGUGUGUGUGUGUGUGUAUGUGUGUGGGUGUGUGUAUGUGUGUGUGUGCGCGAUGCGUGUGCUUGUGCUGUGUUUAUUAUUUUUAUACUGUAACAAGCAGAACAAAUCUGGACCACACUUCCAACUGGAGACAAAUGUGUUGUUUUUUUUUUGUUUUGGAGGUUCGGAACUUUAAAAGCAUAGCAACUUAAAAAGUCAAUCGUUUACAAUGUAAGACUUGGAGGUCAGCAACCCCACGACCCCUCCCCCGGAAAUUGGAUGAUCGACUUGCGUAAAUCUUUGAUGGGGUUGGGGAUGUAGAAUGAGGGUUUUUUUCCCUCUAGAGCUAAAAAACGAGAAGCCACGGAUUUUGAGUGCCACUUUUUUCCAAACCAGCGCGAAAUUGGUGUCGCUUUAAGAGGAGCGCUGUCCCUUUAAAUGGUGUCAGACUCCCUGACGCCAGGGAUCGUCGCCGUUGGGUUGAAUGGGGGCGGGGGGAAGCUGGCGGCGUCACGUGACCCGGCCCUGCGCUUUUAAAGGAGACAUGCACCGACUCUCCACAAUGCGGAAUUAAAUUGAUCUUGUGGCGCAACUUUUUUUAUCCCGAACACGUCUCCUUUUAAUAUUCAGCAGACUUCUAAACGUUUCCUAAAUUUUAACUUUUUUAUUUGAGAUAACGAGACUUCAAAUUGCAUUAACUUCUACUCCCUUUUGGGAGUGGUGGGGCCCAUUGGCUCGCUAUUGUUUUAAAUGUUGGUUUUCCUGCAUUGGGAGCACUUUUUAAACGCUGUUUCUGAAAUUAUUUUCAUUCCGCGUUUUUUUUUAACGAUGGCGAAACAUCAACCAAUUAUAAUUUGGAAAGAUAUUUACCCCUUUGUUAAAACUUUAACGCGCGCAAUGUGAAUCGCGAACAAUUCGUCCAAAGUGUAUUUGAAAUUACAAUAGUGGAAGACUUGUAAUGUUGAUUCUCCUGUGCGUUUGCUACGAAUUUUAAAUGCAGAGCACUGAAACAGUGUAGUGAUUUCUAUUUUAAAGUCGAUAUUGCGCCGGUAACAUCCCACCUAACAUGGAAAAGUCACCCGUCUGACUGGUCUGCAUAGUAUUUUAACGCAGAAUGAUUUCCUACACAUUCCCACUCCUAAAUUAAACUUUCAUCUGGUUAUAGUCGUGGGCUGUAGUCAUUGAAACGGCGCGAUGUGAUGGAUGCGGAUUAAAACGCUACUUCAGACGAGCAUUAGUCCAGAUCAAGGUUGCAAUUUUUAUUUUUGCAUUUUGUAAAUAGAACAGUUCUUUUCCCCCCCCCCCCCUUGAUUAGUCUGGUUCCAAAAGCUUUUCAACGUUUUGUUUUGUCGUCGAGCAGUUCAACACAGUAAACCUUUUAACGUGAGCGUGCAGUUAAAUGGUGAGGCUGUUAACAGUGUUUCCAUUUUAUGAAUCGGUAAACUGAACGAAAUGUUACCCGAUGCAAAAUUUCUUGCCAAAGUUUGUUUGGCGAAGCCUUUUGUUGUAAAAAGGUGUUAAGGCUCAAAGUUUUUAAUGAAACGUUUAUAGCGUGUAACUGACCAGUUUUAAUUUGGGAGGUUUCAUCUGUCAACAUCAUCUCUACUGUGUUUGUAUCUGUACUUUUGUGCUUUUAAUAAACAGUAUAUCAUUA